AGUAAAGUUAUUAAAAAUUCUACGUGUAAACAUCAACUUGAAAAAUUAAAAUUUGGAAUUGAUGAAAAAAUUUUAUGGAGUUUGAAGGUUUUAGAUGCAAGCGGUGAACCAAAGCCGGGAUUUAUUUAUGGAUGUAAUAACACUGGGACUAUGUCUACCUGCAUCCUGUUCGACUGAAGAAUUAAGCAGAAUUUUGAUAAACAUCUUCGAGUCUCGUCUUCUCGCCAUCGGCGACUUAUUUUCAGGAGACUUUGAUCUCAUCGACGUCCAAGAUCUCAAGAAUGAUCAUCAGUGGCUACUGAACUGGCGAAUAAUCACCACCAGCUCUAUUAUAAUAUUGACCAUAAUCCUGGCGAUAAUCGGAACCGCUUACGAUCUGAUCCUACACCAGAAACGUCAAAAAUCUAAACCAAUACUAGUCAAAAUUCUGCUCUGUUUUUCUGCCUACACAAACUCGAAAAUAAUAUUCAAUACUAAAAUAAGUAAGGAUUCUCUGACAUCAAUUCACGGUCUUCGUUUCUUUGGGAUGCUCUGGAUCAUGAUGAUCCACACGGUUUUUUAUUCGAACGACUACGUAGACAACAGAACAACCGUCUGGCGACUUUCCGAAGGCCUGAUGGCUCAAAUCCUCAGCAACGGGAGCCUCUCCGUGGACACUUAUUUCUGUCUAAGCGGUUUCCUCAUCAGUUGGCUUUUUUUUCGUCAAAAAUAUCGUGAGAAUCGUCUCCGAGUGAUGAAAUUUCGUUGGUCCGAUUACUUUGGACUCAUUACCAAGCGAAUCAUCAGACUCACCCCAGCCUAUUUACUGAUAAUCGGAAUCGCCGAAAUAAAUUUCGGCUGGUACGCAAUGACAUCAGCGUUCAAAAUGGCCGAAAAACCUCAAGAAAACUGCGCCAUCUACUGGUGGAGGAAUUUACUCUACAUAAAUAAUCUGUUUCCCUGGAAUGAAGCCUGCCUGUCCUGGAGCUGGUAUCUGUCAAAUGAAAUGCAAUUUUAUUUAAUAGGAACAUUUUUGCUUCUCCUAUCUGACUUGUACUUUAAGACCGCGACUGGACUAUUAAUUAGUCUGUUAAUAAUUUCGGCGGUAAUUGAUGGUCUUAUUUCAUCAGCGUACGCUUAUACGACCAUGUUAGAUCAGCUGUGGAAUUUAAUGGACGUCAUUUACUCGCCGCCAUGGAUGAGAAUCGGGCCAUAUUUUAUUGGAAUUAUUUCUGGAUAUAUUUUAACGAGACUAAAGGGUAAAUUGGUCAUAAAACGGAAAACAUUGUGGUUAUUUUGGACAAUUGGAAGUCUGUGUAAUCUUCUGACACUUUUUGGACUCUACGGUCGGCAUCUUUCAAUAGAAGCAACCGCCACCUACGUCGCAUUGAGCAGAAUCACGUGGGCAAUUGGUAUCUCUUGGAUUUUGAUUGCGUGUCAUACGAACAAUGCUGGUUUUUUAAACAAAUUAUUGUCUCUAAAAGUGUGGGUGCCAUUAAGUAGACUAAGUUUUUGCGCUUAUUUAUUGAAUCCUUUGUUAAUUAAUUCGGUCUAUCUGCAAUCAGAGUCUGCAGUUCACGUGGACUUUCUUCCUACUAAAACAAUGUUUCUAGGAAUCGCAUUGAUGACUUAUCUGUGCGCGUAUUUAGCAACGAUUUUACUUGAAACUCCUUAUAUUUUAUUGCUCAAAAUAUUAACGCAAAAAUAAUUUUUAUUUAUAUUUUUAAUAAAGUGAUAUAUAAUUUAGAAAAAUAAAAUAUUAUAUCAAUAAAUAAUUAAGGUUUUAUGUAGAACGGAAACGAAGCUUAGCUUCUUUCGAGUG